GCAAUGAAGGGUCUUUGUGACAUUGUUUUACCUGGGAGAGAGAUUCCAAAGUGGUUCAGCCAUCAAAGUAGGGGGUCUUCAACAUCUUUUCAGUUGCCUCCACAUUGGUUUAACAACCGGUUCUUGGGAUUUGUUUACGCCGCUGUUGGAUUCAAAGAGGCUAAAUCGGACUAUUGUCAUAUAAAAAUGAAAUUCAAGUGCCACGUUACUCAGAGGAACGUCGAAGAAUGGGUUAACCACACUCAACCAUGUGUCAAAUUUGGAAAUAUGUUGGUUAGGUGUAUCCCACGCAGUGCAUUUUCGGAAAUCACGGAAGAUGAUAUGGAGCAAUUAAAUGAGGGUGGAUUUGAAUGUGAAGCUCAUUUUUUGGAACUAAUUCAGCUUUCUUCAAUUGAAGAAGAGGAAAACCUGGGAAAAAAGGUCUGGAUGCCCGUAUCCAAAGUAGAGGUCGAAAAGGUCGGUAUCCAUCUUGUAUACAGGGAAGCUGAAGAACAAGCAUUGAGUGGUACUAGUAGUAGUAGUGCUACUACAUCAAAGAGAAAACGCGACCUCAACCUCAACGACAAUUACUACGACGCAGAGGUAGCAGGACCCAGUGGAAGUUCUAGAAUUGAUGAUCAAGAGGACCACCUCAACAACCUCAACAGAAAAAGGCUUAGAUUCUGGGAUCCCUCCGUACAGCCAAGUGGUUUCAUUGAUGUUGGGGUUCCUCAUGCUCCACUUGAUUUGACCUUAGUUGCCCUAGCUCUGCCUAAUGAUCAUCCAUCAGGUAAUCCAGCUCUCUGGAGCUUGUUAAGUAUUUUCAUUUGUGACAGUUUCUUGCUCAAAUGGUCUUAG